CGUUCAAGUUCCACGUCAGGCAAGCCUCAAGCGGCACAGUUGUUCGCAACCCGAAUGUGUCCACUGUCGACCUUCAGCGCUGCGGAUACAUCACAAACAUCAGCAUGGAGCGAAUAUCAAUGUUGUCGACCUUGACCUUGGCGGGCGACGCCAUUCCGAAGCCCAUAAUCCUGUCUCGACGACUCGACUUCCCGUCUCGUCAGCGCGACUAUGAUCUCGGUGAAUAUAUAAGCAGGCCGGACUGGCGGCCGUCACCGCUCCCGAAGGACGGUCACCUAUCUCUGUACCUGGAGGAGUGCAUCGCUGGCGGAAGAUCGGCUGUAGUUUAUGCCGCCGAGAUUUCUACCGCGUAUGAGGCUGGCACCAUCCCUCUGUCAAACCCACAUCCUCUUGAGCAGGAGUUCUGCGUCAAGAUCGCGCGACGUAAUCGAUGUCGUACGCUCGCGCGGGAGGCAUGGGUUAGCGAACAGCUGCGCUCGCGUGGCCAACUGCAGGGUGUCAUCGCGCCUCGGUUCUAUGGUUUCUUCACCGCCAGCCUGUCUGACGACCAGUCAGUGUUCCCACUUUGGGACACCGAUGACUUCAGGCUCGAAAUUUCUGAUGACGACCCCACUCGCGACGAUCCCCUGCCAGACGACGAGCCAUUGGAAGAGGAGUACGACAAUGGUCCGGGGGUAGAGAAUGCUCGCCAUGGUGCGACUGGCAGCCCGAUCCAAACUCGCCGCUCUUGGCUGUCAUUGUCAUGUCACGAGGAGGAGCGACCUACACGCGUGAGGACGACGCGGACAAAGCCAAUCAGAAAGACAUCCGUGCGAUACUGGAUGACUUGUCACGCAUCUACCUCUGGCACGGGGAUCUUCGCCCGAACAACCUCGUUCGUGCGCCUGCGGGAACAACGCUGUGUAAAAGGCAUAAGCGUGUGCACAAGUGGAACAUCAUCGAUUUCGCCUGGACUCGCGCUGACGACGCAGACGGCGACACUGACGAGAAAUCGAAGUGCAUACGCAGGCUGCAGCGAGCAUCCUAUCGCAGCUACUUUUUCUGGCAUGGUUCUCUCUCAUGAGUGGCGCUGUGCCCAUUCGGAACGUGAUACUAUGGGUCACUGGCAGCGCGUAGCGACUCGGUCUAUCAACCUGUGACUUGAAAUGUGCUUCCCGCCGCUGUAUAUAGGUUCACUGGGUAAUAUGGAUAGCCCGAUUGAACUGCACGCUUAUUUGGUAGGGAUAACUACUGUAGCUGUUCUUAGUACAGACAUUGCUAGUACUUACCGACGGCCGUCGCGAAGAUGAUUGAUCACAUGCUCCAACUAUCCGAACCAACUGAUGUCUGUCCCAAGUCUGUCCUCUGUUCAACUUUACCUGCCUCAGUACUUCAAUAUCUCAUC